GGGCUCGGCCGCCAGCACUAAAGAUGGAGAGGCGCCGGGGCCUCGCAGGGGAGGGGGCUCGGCGUUGACGUGGGACGCGGCGGAGGCGCCGCAGCCGGUGGUGAUUUGCUAACCUAGCGGCAGAGAGGAGUUAAGGGUGACGAGAGCGGGUACUGCGAACUGCCGGGCGAUGCCGCCGCUGCCGCCGUGAGAUCCGGAGCAACAGUUCCCCAGCAACACCCCUUCCCCGAUCCAGGCACACCCCUAGCCCCCCAGGCACGCACACCCACCCCAAGCUCCAGGCUCCGUAAGCGUCCCCUCUGCUGGCCCCGACGUCUACCCCGCCCCACCUUGCAGAGCAGAGAAGGAAAGAGAGCCCCAUGCCUGAGCCCAGGGGAGCAUCAUGGAUCUGACAAAGAUGGGGAUGAUCCAGCUGCAGAACCCUAGCCACCCCACGGGGCUGCUGUGCAAGGCCAAUCAGAUGCGACUGGCUGGGACUUUGUGCGAUGUGGUCAUCAUGGUGGACAGCCAGGAGUUCCAUGCCCACCGGACGGUGCUAGCCUGCACCAGCAAGAUGUUUGAGAUCCUCUUCCACCGAAACAGCCAGCACUAUACUCUGGACUUCCUCUCGCCAAAAACCUUCCAGCAGAUCCUGGAGUACGCCUACACGGCCACACUGCAAGCCAAGGCGGAGGACCUGGAUGACCUGCUGUAUGCAGCUGAGAUUCUGGAGAUCGAAUACCUGGAGGAGCAGUGCCUGAAGAUCCUGGAGACCAUCCAGGCAUCUGAUGACAAUGACACAGAGGCCACCAUGGCUGACGGUGGGGGCGAAGAAGAAGAGGACCGUAAGGCUCGAUACCUCAAGAACAUCUUUAUCUCGAAGCAUUCCAGCGAGGAGAGUGGCUAUGCCAGUGUGGCUGGACAGAGCCUCCCUGGGCCCAUGGUGGACCAGAGCCCCUCAGUCUCCACCUCUUUUGGUCUCUCAGCCAUGAGUCCUACCAAGGCAGCCGUGGACAGCUUGAUGAGUAUAGGACAGUCACUCCUGCAAGGAACUCUUCAGCCACCUGCAGGGCCUGAGGAGCCCACACUGGCAGGGGGUGGGCGGCACCCUGGGGUGACUGAGGUGAAGAUGGAAAUGAUGCAGGUAGAUGAAGCCCCUGGCCAGGACAGCCCUGGGGCAGCUGAGUCUAGCAUCUCAGGAGGGAUGGGGGACAAGCUUGAAGAGAGGAGCAAAGAGGGGCCUGGGACCCCGACUCGAGGCAGCGUCAUCACUAGUGCCAGAGAGCUGCAUUAUGGGAGAGAGGAGAGUGGUGAGCAGCUCUCCCCUCCUGUUGAAGCUGGCCAGGGACCCCCUGGGCGGCAGGAGCCCCUGGCACCCCCAGUGGAGAAGCAUUUGGGUAUCUACUCGGUGCUGCCCAACCACAAGGCCGAUGCUGUGUUGAGCAUGCCGUCUUCAGUGACAUCUGGUCUCCAUGUGCAACCUGCCCUGGCAGUCUCCAUGGACUUCAGCACCUACGGGGGUCUGCUGCCUCAGGGCUUCAUCCAGAGGGAGCUGUUCAGCAAGCUGGGUGAGCUGGCUGUGGGCAUGAAGGCUGAGAGCCGCCCUCUGGGGGAGCAGUGCAGCGUGUGUGGGGUCGAGCUUCCGGACAACGAGGCAGUGGAGCAGCACAGGAAACUGCACAGUGGGAUGAAAACAUACGGGUGUGAACUCUGUGGAAAACGGUUCCUGGACAGUUUGCGACUGAGAAUGCAUUUACUGGCUCAUUCAGCGGGUGCCAAAGCCUUUGUGUGUGAUCAGUGUGGUGCCCAGUUCUCGAAGGAGGAUGCCCUGGAGACACACAGACAGACCCAUACUGGCACGGACAUGGCUGUCUUCUGUCUGCUGUGUGGGAAACGCUUUCAGGCGCAGAGCGCACUCCAGCAGCACAUGGAGGUCCACGCAGGCGUGCGCAGCUAUAUUUGCAGUGAGUGCAACCGCACCUUCCCCAGCCACACGGCUCUCAAGCGCCACCUUCGCUCACAUACAGGUGACCACCCAUAUGAGUGUGAGUUCUGCGGCAGCUGCUUCCGGGAUGAGAGCACACUCAAGAGCCACAAGCGCAUCCACACAGGGGAGAAGCCCUAUGAGUGCAACGGCUGUGGCAAGAAGUUCAGCCUCAAGCAUCAGUUGGAGACGCACUACAGGGUUCACACAGGUGAGAAGCCCUUUGAGUGCAAACUCUGCCACCAGCGCUCCCGAGACUACUCGGCCAUGAUCAAGCACCUGAGAACACACAACGGUGCCUCGCCAUACCAGUGUACCAUCUGCACGGAAUACUGCCCCAGCCUCUCCUCCAUGCAGAAACACAUGAAGGGCCACAAGCCGGAGGAGAUCCCACCUGACUGGAGGAUAGAGAAGACGUACCUCUACCUGUGUUAUGUGUGAAGUGGGGGGCCUUCCCCCCCAACACACGGUAGAGCAGCAGCAGGAGCCAACAAAGGCGAGCUAGAACCAGACAAAGUGGAAAGACUA